CCUCCAGCCCCCUCCCCCCUCAGCUGGCCAGAACAUGGCACUGCCGGUCGUCAUUGGUGUCAGACCUCAUUUCGUUUGUCGCGCAGAGCCUCAAUUUUCAGUCAACCUCGAGCCCUGGUCCUUGUUUCUGCUGGGAUCCCACGGGAGUCAGACCUCCGCUUGGGAAUGUUUGCGUGCCUGUGCCAGGAACUGAGCCUCAUGGCCUCUCGACUUUCCACCGCCUGCUUCGUUCCUGGCCCUAUUGGUUGCCUCGCCGGUAUUUCCCACGAUAGAGGGCGACAGCAUCCCAUCUUGGGUCUUAUCAAACAAGCCAAAGAGCCGCGUCAGUCGGUGGCUGGCUGCACACGGAAACAACACGUCGAAUUUCGUCCGACAUCCACAACUUUCCCCUUCAGCUACGGCCCGAGGCCACCCUACACAAGGCUAUGCGACCCCCAACAUCGAUAGCAGAGUGCAACAUGGGGCACGCCCACCGCCUGUGACCUAUCAUCGUUUUUCAGUGGCACAGCACCUGGAACCGUUCGACACGAGUCCAACAUGUGCCCGCCUCGGUGGGAACCACCCGCAAUCUAGCGGAGACACAGGGAUUUAUCCUGUCGGGCAACAGACGGGCCACGAGGGGCCACGAGAGGGUCAUCAGCAGGCUCUCGCGGCUUGACAAGACAUCGCUGCCGAAUCUAGCCCGUUGCAAGGAUCAUCGGCGCUGGUAUGACUGCUCCACCUCGACCUUACCGUCUGCGGAUGGCUCUAGGCAGCAACCAUUGCCCUUCAGAGCCUCCCCGAACCUACUAUCACCGCCACCAACCGGGCCGAGAUGGGAAAUGAUGGGCUGGAGCCAUCGUAUUGCGGGGAAGAGGCCACUUUCGCUUGCAGACGGUCAGACGACGUUCAACGCGUGCGUCCUGCAUUCCAUCGCUCACGCUCAGAUGGCCAGAAUCUGCCUCGCGGGACCGGCAAGAUGGAGAACUCAACUAACUUUUCCAGUAGAAAAGUGGGACACGACGACGCUGGGCCACCAUCGUGCUGAUGGAUUCACGCCGUCGAUUUCUACAGCCUGCAUGUUGGAGCUUCUAGCGGGGUGUCCAGGUCUCGGGGCUGACACCCGGGGGCCGCCAUCAUCGAUUAAUCAGUUACUGUGCACCUGCUCAGUCCCACCCUCCAUAUGCCGACUACGCUGGCAAGUGCAGAUUUCUGCGAGCACGAUCUGAAUGGGAAAUUCGGUGCGAACACGAAGGCCUGCCCCGUCCUUGUCUGGCCUAACGGCGUUGAGGAAAAGCCCCGGCUAGAGAUACCACGAGCUCCUCAAGGUCCGUUUUCGUCGAGUGACCAUCGAUAGAUAUGCCGACACAGUACAAAGUGCGCCUUGGCUCGCGAAAGCACACAUAUCUCACCUAUGACACACACACACACGGCAAUUCACGGUGCACGAGCCGGCAGCUUACCACAAUGUGUUGAUCUGCAUGGCAUCAGCAAUCUAGCCUUCUUGCCGUCAUUCAUAAACUUUUGUGCACAUUGAUCUAAUCCGAACUUUGAAGGGCUUCCCAGGAGUGACGCACUCCGGCCGUAGAGGCCAGCCUGCCAAAUGGUGGUUUCUCCUCGGAAGCCGACUGACUACCAGCAACACUUCCGUCCUGCACAAAUUUCUGCAACAGCAAUAUUCUCGGAGUUGAGCAGACCUUUGGGGGCCCUACCAAGUUUUCAAGCAACUAAUGUGUUCCAGGGCCGUACAGCCAGUGUUCUUAGAGCUCAACAGGGCAACUUGGCCUGCACUAUGGACACCAUUCCCCUCUGCUUCAAGGAAAAGGAGAGCGCCCCCCUCCCCUAGAUCUCCCAACUGCAGCCGUGGAUGGGGUCAAUGCCGCCCUGUUCGCCUCCAGCCGCGGUAUACACCGCGGCAGAGACGUCGAUGUGGUCAGGACCACAACCCGUACACUUGUCGACAACCUGGGCUGUUACGGUCCCACUCUUGCACCUGAUGGUGAUUGAGCGAGGCGAGCAGUCGGCCGGCAGCAGCGAGGGCUGGACGGCCACAAACAAACUAUCUGUGACGUACUCCUGGCCGCAGGCCGAAAGGGCACCGGCGUUGCUGAUCUCCCCUAUGGGAGUGAUGUAGCCGCUGAAGCUGUCUCGCUCGUUGAACGGCCUUGCCGCUGCCGUGAUGGCCAGGGCAGCAAGGUACGUGAGUCCGGAGGUGGCGGUGAGCCUCAUUUUGAGGGCUUAUGGUUUCACUUGUCUUUCACUCUUCUUGAUAUGGUAAUGACCAGCGCCUGGCUGUCUUGGAAGUGUCCAAACGAACGACUGGCAAUGAGAGUAUUGGUAUCGAGGAUGCGUGCUACCGAAUCUGUUUGCUUCUCAGGAUCGGUAGGCUCGCAUCGUGGAUAUAUACUACGGCCUCUCGCCACCAACGUCCAUAUUAUUUGGCGCCAUAGGUCAUCAUCGUGGCUCGAGGCCAUGUUCAUCUACUCAUUCCCUCGUACCACCAUGUUCAUUUUCGACAGCGUCUGGUCCCUGUCUAUUCCGCUGUGUCUUGUUCUGCGACUGCUUGGGGCCCCGCAGAUGUUGGGCUGGUGUACUGGGUAAGAGUUGCGUGUGAAGCGCCUCGUCAAGCCAUGCAAUCAACUAGCGACGUGGCUUUCAGAUGCUGCUGGAGGCGGUUUCAGGAGUCAGCCGUUGUCAACUCGACCCCAAGUUCCACCACUGACAUGGAAUGAUGUCCUGACCGCCUGGGGCGGGCCAGCGUCUGUCUGCUUUUUGCCCGCUCACGAUGCCCGUCUAGCGGUGUUUUUGAGCUUGAAGCACAAAAUCCUUCUAUUCGCGCGACACAAGAUCUACCCCCGGGCCACCAGUUUGUCUGAGAGGCGAAGAGAGGCGAUGCAGAACCGAACUUGACCGGCCAGCUAAGUAGCUACAUUGGGCCGUCAUUUUGGGGAUAUCAAAGGCCAAACCCCCGAGAAAGGAGGUGACUCCUGCUCACGGCGAACCCACACCACCCUAUCUUCAUGCCGCUGAGAUAAUCGAGCUUACUGCCGGCGAUCUCUUAUCUACGGGCCGUCGUAUAAGCUUAGUCAUGUCAAACCCCGAUGAGGCGAAAGCGCGGCGGCUUUCGGCUCGUCAAAUCGACGCCCUUGCCCCCCUUUGACUACUACAGCGACGUGCUCACGUGCAAUUCUUCCGGCGUGCAGAAUAAGCACUUGGUUAUUUGUCUCACUUUUUCUCGCUUAUCGACGUGAAACCUUGGACCAUUGACUGAAUUCAUGAAAUAGCCGGCAUGGCGACAGAAGCAAGAGUUGACCUCAAUGCACCGUUCACGAGUGACCGUAUCCUGGAGGUUCGCUCGGGAAAGUUGAAAAAGUACAAGGGACUCAACAUCGAGUCUGGGAUUGACAAAUCCUUGCUAGAUGGGCCCGUGCAUGUCAACAGGCUCGGCAUAGAAGGUGACGAGCAUGAUCUUACUUUCCACGGGGGGCCAGACAAGGCUAUCCACGGUUAUUGCUGCAGCCACUACCCAACCUGGCAAUCUGAGUUCUCCUCCGCAGCUUCUCGGUUUGUUCCGGGCGGCUUUGGCGAGAACCUGGUCACGCGGUACAUGAACGAACGAAAUGUUUGCAUCGGUGAUAUCAUGACUGUGGGGAGGGCCGGCGCCAAUGGUGACGGCAAGGCGGGCGAAGAAGGGUCUGGGCUCCUCCUGCAGGUCAGCCUGCCCCGCCAGCCCUGCUUCAAGCUGAACCACCGCUUCGAGCUCAAGGGCUUCGCGCCCAACACGUGGCGCCUGAGCCGUACAGGCUGGUACUACCGCGUCCUGCGCGAGGGCACCGUCGCCGCCGGCGAUGAGAUCCGCCUGGUCGAGCGGCCCCACCCGCGCUGGACCAUCGAGCGCAUCCAGGAGUACCUGCACCGCAACACCACCGACCUCGCCGCCACGGAGGAGCUGGCCGCGAUCCCCGAGUUUGGCAAGGAGUGCCACGACGCCUUUGUCGCCAGGGCCGCGAAGCUCAGGGCCAAGGCCAGGCGGGAGCAGGGCUUAGAAGCAGACGAGGAAGAAGGCGACCCGGCCCAGUGGAGGGACUUCCGGAUCGCGGAGAAGAAGCCCCAGACGGGCCGGAUCACCUCCUUCGUCCUCGAGGCCGUGAACCCCUCGCCCAAGCCCGAGGACGUCGGCUACGGCGCGCACGCCAAGGUCCGCAUCGCGGUCCCCGGGCGUGCGGAGCCCCUCGUCCGCGCGUACUCGAUCGUGGGCGGCGACAGGAACCGCUUCGAGCUGGGCGUGGCCCUGGAGCCCGAGUCCCGCGGCGCGUCGCGGCACCUGCACCACACCGCGGCGGUGGGGGACGCCGUGCAGGUCGGCCGCAUCACGGGGAUGAAGGUGGUGACGUCGUGCAGCAGCCACGUGUUCGUCGCCGGCGGGGUGGGGAUCACGGCGUUCCUGACGCUCCUCGAGGGGCUGCGGCGGUUCAACUUUGACGCGCAGCUGCACUACGCCGUGCGCAGCGCCGCGGACGACCUCCCCUUUGCGGGGCGCGUGCGGGCCCUGGGCGACGGGGUGGUCACCGUCUACGACGCGUCGGCGGGCCAGCGGCUCAGCAUCGCGGGCAUCAUCGGGGCCAUGCCGUGGAACUCGCGCCUUUACUUUUGCGGCCCGCCGCGCAUGAUGGCCGAGGCGGCGGCGGAGGCGCGCGCCGCGGGGCUGCCCGCGGACGAGGUGCACUUUGAGGCGUUCCAGGCCGGCAGUGCUGGUGAGGACCACGACCACCCCUUUGAGGCUGUCGUUGCGAACCGCGGCGGCGCCGUGGUCCCCGUCGGCGGCGGCGAGACCCUGCUUGAGGCACUGCAGCGCCGGUUCGGCGUGGGUGCGGUCCCUUCUUCGUGUGAGGUGGGGAACUGCGGGACGUGUGUGGUCAGGCUCUGUGCUGGGCAGGUUGAGCACCGCGGCUCUGCGUCUGCUGUGGCGCUUGGGGAGGGGGAGGGGGAGGGGGAGGGGAUGCUGAGCUGUGUUAGUCGUGGGGUGGGGAGGAUCACCAUUGAGAUCUGA